GACCGCAAGCUUUAUGGUUGGCUCAAAACUCAUGACGUUAAGUUUCCCGACGAUAUAACGCUCAAGAUCUACAGGUUGACAAGAAACUUGACUUAAUCUGUACAGCCAACAACGCUACGAAUACAUAAAGUGGCUCCAACAGCAACACGUGGUGGUCGUUGACAAGUAAACUGUACGGAUGACAAUAUGGCUGCGCCCAUGGGUGAUUUGGGACCGUGCAAAAAGAAAAUGAAAGUGAUGACGACAGCUGAUGGUGACACCAGUAUUGCCCCAUCUACAGCAUCCCCAGGUGUGAACAUCCCCCACCCUGUACCUGUCCUGUCUGAUGACAUCAUGGCUCCAGUUCCACUCAUUGAUGUGUAUGUUGCUCCAGUCUUGGACAAGAAGCAAACAUCUCGUCUUAUAAAGGAAGUGUCAUCAAGGUUUCCUCUGCCAGAUCUACUUCAUCUCAAACGUGUCAACAGCCAGAAGUCAGGAAACAAAGAGACAACAAUACAAAUACUGCUUUCAAAGGCUCCUUCAUCAGAAGAUGGCAGCAGUGCAGACUCAGAGUCAAGGGACCCUACAGAGAAUGGUUUCCACUUUGACGGGCUGGGAAAGCCAUUUCUCACCAAAGUUGCAGUACGCCCUGCCAUCACCAGGAGGCAGUAUGAACACUGUGUACAGUACUGGCCUACUGCAUUCCAUGAAGACAAGUUGCUUGAGAGAAGAUUGAAAGGAGACUUCUUUACUUCUGAGGAGCUUCAGUCCAUCCAGAAGUACAUGCAGAGAGCUCUACAGGCAGCACAGCAUGCAAAACAGACAGGCAUGGAGCCUGUUGGUGCUGUGGUGGUGGACCCAGUAGCAGAUGAGGUUAUCGGUGUGGGUCAUGACCUGAGGCAUGCUGGGAACCCAUUGCAUCAUGCUGUCAUGGUUGCCGUGGAUACCGUUGCGUCCAGUCAAGAUGGAGGUUACUGGGACCACAGGGGACCAGAGCUUUAUUGGAGAGAAGAGCAAUCAGAAACCAGCAAUAUUCAUGUCAAAGAAACAGCUGAUGACUGCUCAUUGAAAGGAACUGAAACAGCUGGAAAAGAUGUCAAAUCAGAAGAUUCAACAAGAACAAGUGAUAUUUCAGGAAAUACAGAAGAGCAACCCAAAGAUGGGCCAUACCUGUGUACUGGGUAUGACUUGUAUGUGACCAGGGAGCCAUGUAUCAUGUGUGCCAUGGCCCUCGUCCACUCCAGAAUCAGAAGAGUGUUUUAUGGAGCUCCACAUCCCAGCGGUGCCCUGGGUACCAGAUAUUCUCUACACACCCAGCCUAACAUUAACCACCACUAUGAAGUUUUUAAACAUGUUAUGUUGGAAGAAUGUGGCUCUUUAAAGACUUGACAAUUGAUCUUAAAGAAAUAGCGAUUGGCAAUGAAUGUUAACCUCU